AUGGAUCAUGCCCGCCUGGAAGCUCACUUUGAAUUCAGAAACACUACUGUCAAAUGCGAUGAGCGCGUGUCAACGCUGAUCGGUUCUGGUAUUGACAAUAAUUACUGGUACAUGGAUAACCUCACAAGAUUAUGUACUGCGGACUGCCAGGCGUCUUUACACUCGUGGGGCAACAGUGUUGAGUCGGCCUGCUACGGCCAGACCAUAUGGCAGAGCGGCGCACAAGUGCAAGCCAAGGCAUUGACCCAUUCUUUUACCCACAAUGCAGACAUUGCCUGUAUGAAGGACAGCCACUCGAAUUGGUGUUUUUUCGAGUCGCAGAGCUGGCAAGGCAGUGACUACAUCCGAUGGGACCCAUUGCUCUGUGCAGAUCUGGAAGACCUGCCGCCUCAGUGCAAUGACUCAACAUUCGACCCCGAUGAGAUAUCGCCUGACAUGUCGGCACUGACAAAUUUGUAUGAUUCAAAGCUCCGGCUUCUCGAUCCAUGGCUUUCCCAAUCCAACUUUACCGACUACCUUAUUGGCGAGUUUGACGAUCUGCAGAGAAAGUGUUCGACGACGUUGCCGUACUCCACAAGCUCGUCCACCCUGUAUAUCGGAAGUGCUACUUCUACUCCAACAACAAUCAACUCGACGACCGGCGCGCCAAGUGCAACGCCUACCUGUAUUGGUCAGUUAGUUCAGCCUAAAGACGACUUUCUCACGUGUAACGAUUUGAGCGACACCUAUGGCGUUUCGACCGGUGAUGCGCGAGUAGCGACCGGCGAUUUCGUAUGCCAAUUUACCUCUACCAUCUGCCUACCACUUCCUUGUAAGCUCGAUACUGUCUGGGACUCUCCGAGCUGUUCCGACUUGGCUCGACGAUAUUCAAACUCGACAUACAAUGUCACACAGGCGCAGUUCCUUAGCUGGAACUCCAACAUUCAGGGUAGCUGUGAUGGUGUAGCACUCGGCCAGAGAGUUUGCAAGGGUGCGCCGGGAGGCACAUUUCCCCAGCCCAGACCCUCCAUCACUGCGCCCGGUGCGACGGGUACAGCUGUCUACUACACUGCGGCAACGGCGGCAUAUCCGACUCAGAUAGGCAGCAUCAAGGAAUGCGGGAACUACUAUCUCGUACAGCCAGGCGACAAUUGCCAGACAGUCGCUAUCCAAUUCGGACUCAACUUUAGUCAACUUCAAGAGUACAACACUUACCUGUACAACAAUUGCUCGAACCUGUGGAAAGAUUACGAUGUCUGCGUCGCUCCCGUCAUGCCACAGACAGUUUCCCAGAAUGGCACGUGUCCACCUGGCGUCACAUGUGUAGGCAGUGCUUUUGGGGAGUGCCAAUUUGCUGACCAAAUGCCAGAUGCUGUUCCCCAUUUGGCUAUUGCGGAAGCAACGCCAGCUAUUGCGCUUCAUCGGGAGAUGGCACGGCGACGACUAAUGGUUCGUGCGGACCGGAUCACGGGGGCACGACUUGCACAAACCCGUCGUUUGGAGAUUGCUGCAGCAUCUACGGCUAUUGUGGCACUGGGCCUGACUUCUGUGGUGCUGGCAAUUGCUACUCGGGGCACUGCGCCACAGAUAUUGGCGGCCCUUCGACAAAUGGUGAAUGUGGCCCUAAUUUUGCAGGAAACAAGACCUGCACCGGAACACAGUUUGGAACUUGUUGCUCAAGGUCUGGAUACUGUGGUUCUACGAAUGAUUAUUGUUUAG